AUGUCGGACUGUCAGCCACGUCGUGGUGGAGUCAUUCCAUUCGACUUGGCUCCUCCCACAACCAACAACAACAGCCAAGGACCUCCUCACAGAAAUUACCUCCUGGCAAGCCCAGUCAUAGCCCCCGCUCCCACUCGCCCAGACGGACAGAGCCACUUCGAUAACAACCCAAUGGUUCGGUCCGCAGUUCGCGCCUCGACUGCUGUUUCCGAAGCAGUCGCCAACGCCAACAAAGCCCACACUCAGGCUAGACAGUUGCAGCGUGAGAAUGCCAAUGCUCUGCAGCAACUCGCCGACGCCGAACGUGUCACAGCGAUGUUGAUUGGAAAAACCCGCACCCAGGGUCGGGCGGAACGCGCAUCAGAUGUGAUAGAGGUCGAAAUGAGCGAUGCGAUGCCAAUUUCUCCGGCUCCAGCUCAGCAGCCACCGUUAAUCACCAACCGUCGAUUUGGAGAGCUCGCCAACGAGAAAAUCACCUUUGAGAACGGACGGCGUCAGACUCUCGUCUACGCCCAGGCCGAUCAUGUGAACCACGCACGCGUCAACAGAGAACGACAACUUCGUGCUCAAAUCGAGGAGCUUGAGACCCGCCUCUUUGAGAUCAACAAGGCACUGGACACGUGCCAAAUCGAAAAGGACGAAGCUUUGUGCCUACUCCAAAGAGAACGUGAAGAUUGGCGGUGCAUUCGCGAAGCGGUUGACGCCACCGAUGGUCCCAAGCGAGAGCUGCAAAAUCGCAUUUUGACCAACCUCACAGUGCACACCAAACUGUGCCAGCAAGCUGAACAGAUAUGCAGCAUCAGCCGUAGUCAGCCACAAGUUCGACAAAUGCCUGCAGAGCAGCGUUUCGUGCCUCGGCAUGUGUUCGAUGUACCCGGUCAGUCAAAUCUCGCCAGACAGGCCGUUCCGGCCCAGGGACACUCGGCGCAGCCCCUCUCGCACCCCCAAUCUUCCCCGAUUCAACAAAGGUCAAUUUGCGAGCAGGAAAUGAUAGAUGCCGCUCCCCCUAAACACGGCAACCCUGAUGUUCAGACACCCCAAUUGGGACAGCCAGGAACUGAAGAAGUUCGUCGCCGACAGCUUCAGAAGUUCCACCUGAUUGUGGGUGAUGAUGUCGCGAUGGAUGGCUAUGACUGGGUCGAGAUGGCACAUCGUGACCGAUGCUUCCGCGAUUGUUUCGAGGACAUCUCUGUCCAGACUGAUGCUUCCGACAAUGGCAAUAUUAUGGCCGAGCAUCCCAACAUCAGCAUGUGUAAUGGCAAGACCAUCAAGAGCGACAUCAACAUGCGCACCGUGAGCAUCUCCGGAGAGUCUGUCGUGCAGGCCGAUGUUGAGGUGCACAAAACACCAACCCGGGAAAUACAACUCGUCGCCAAAAUCCCCCUGGAAAUGGAAAUGGAGUGGACAGUCGUCAAUUUGAUUCCCAGAAAGCGCCCCUACGUAAUCUUUAUGGACUGCAUGUUGCGGGGUUCUUCUGAUGGACCCGACCUGAAGAAGGAGUCAGAGAACGAGCAGCGCAUGAAGCGAUUGAAGCUUGAGAUGGUGAAUGAGGGCACCGAAUCUGCUGAUCUUGCGAAGAAUGCAAAGCCCUUGACUGAGACCACAGUGGAAGCGCCAGUUGUGAGUGCGCCAGAUCCAACUGAGCAUGCUCCAACAGACAAAGUGCCUACUGAGGCAGCAAUGAGUGUGCCCGCUGUUUCUGAGCCGGCUCUUGCUGUCGAGGAAACCACCGAGUCUGAAGUGAGUGGGGAAGUGAGCUCGGAGCCAGUUGGAAUUGAAGUCGCCUUGCGCAUUCCAACCACCGUUGAAUUCCCUGAUGCGGAUCUUACUUGGUCCCAGCACAUUGCCAAAGUCUCGGGUGUGCGAGCCCUUUAUAGGCCAACCCAGAUUGAGGCAGCUCUGACUGCACCCGCGCCCGCCGAGAAAGAUGAGGAUCAAGCCAGCGACAGGUUCUGCACCGCAGUAGUCUACAGUGGAGCUGACUCAUCGGAAUUGGAAUGGGCAGAUGCCGUUGAGACUGAGGAAGUUAGGAGGAUGCCAGGUGGGUAUCCGACUACUUCGAAGGAAUUGGUUCUCCCAUGGCAGAUGGUGUCACCUUCAUCCGAUGUGAGUGAGCCAGCCGUUUCUCAGCCGACUCCAGAGGUCGAGGUGGAGGUUGAGGAGGGCUCAUCUUCGAACGAGGUGGAGGCCGUUGACUACGAAGUCAUCGCUGCAGGGGACGAGCCGGAAUGCUUGGAUCCAUGGGCAUCCCAUGCCCAGCAGCACCGACAAGUCGGCGGACUCUCUCACCUUGAGAGGAUCCUGGCGCAUGUGCCAGGCGAAAAAGCGGACUCCUAUGUCCCAACUUACGAGCGGGUGAGCUUUGAAGACUCCCGUCUUGCGUCCAACUUCUCUGGGCCAAACUCCCGUGCGGGGGAGCUCCCAGGGAUAAAAGCUGAGUUUCUAGCCCACGCGGCUCUGCAGAUUGCAGAAGAACAGCGGGCGUCACUGAGGGGAUCAAUGGGUUCGACCUCUGAUUCAUCAAUGUCGAAGGGUCAUCCCACCCCCAGACCCGCCGUGAAUGCAUCCAUGGAGUACGGCGUGGGAGGCAUGGGAUCGGCUUCCUGGAGGUCCAUGAACCCAGGAACUUCAUUCUUCGUCUUUGCCAUCUUGGCAUUGGUGGUUGCUUUCUAUGUUCUCGUCUUGUGCGGAAGCAACAACAACACUUGUGGCGAGAUCAUGGCAGCUCCAGAGCGUCUUCUGGAGGAGCUUCGCAACGACCAUGGAUUCAACAUCUUGAUUUUGAACCGAGUAAUCUAUGUGUUGCUGCGUUUGUUCGCCAGGGAUCGGGUCGUUCCUGGUUGA